GGAUUCAUGCAACACCUAAAAUAAUCUUAAAACAAACAAAUAACUACGCAUUAAGCAAUUUUAUAUUUCAUUACAUACUUUCUUGCGAAAUUAAACUAUUAAAAAUAAAAAAUUAUUCAUGUAGAUUAUUAAAAAAAAAGAUGUCAAUAUAAGUAUAGUAAUUUUUUAUGUACAUCUUUAGUGUAUGCACUAUAGGAAACAAACUACCUAUGUAUGUGUGGAGGGAGCACGCAUAUCAUUGGUCGUUCGUAAGUAUCGUUUAAUAGAAAAGCCUGUUCCUAGGUCCUAGGAUAUUUAGUGCAGCUACUUAUCGAGCGAUUAAUGUUGACUAAGUAGUGCAGUACAGUAAUUCAAAUAUUGAGUUCUUAAUACACUUAUAAUGAAAUGAAUAAAGUAGACUAAAGGAGAAUAUACCAGAGAAAUUGUGUUGAAAUAAAAACUAUCCUAGUAACCAGUAAGUGCGCGAAAAUGGAAUUAAAUAAACCAAGUACAAGUAGUGUGAAUGUCAACAAACAGAAAAUAUGUAAAAAUUUGACAUUGCAACAAAAAUUAGAAGCAGUGAAAAAGAAGGAUGCAGGAAUCCCUACAAGUAAAAUAGCAGUGGAAUAUAAUGUAAAUGAUAGUGCAGUAAGGAGGUGGGUGCGUAAUAGGGACAAAUUGGAGAAAUACAGUAUUUCUUCCAAAUCAAAGCGUAUACGACUAUCUCCUGUUGAAAAAGUUAAUGAAGCAUUAACUGCUUGGUAUCAUGAUGAAAAGAAAAGAAACAACACAAUCACUGUGAUACAAGUGAAAGCAAAAGCCCUAGAAUUUUUUAAACAAUUUGGUGACACAGGAACGUUUAAAGCAAGUGAUGGAUGGUUACGAACUUGGAAACAGAGAAAUGGCAUUUGUUUUAUUACAAAUUUUGAGGACCAGUUAUCUGCAAAUACUGAAAGAGCUAAUAAGUUUAAGGAUGAAGUUUUAGAUUUAAUACAAACAGAACAAUUAACAUUAAAUCAAAUAUUUAAUGCUAAUGAAACUGGACUUCAUUUUAAAAUGAUGCCUAAUAGAUCAUUAGAUCUCAAAAUGGAGCAUACAGCUCCAGGAUACAAAAAAGUUGAGGAUAGAUUGACUAUUAUGACAUGCUGCAAUGCGAACGGGUCAUUGAAAAUGCCAUUACUAGUUGUUGGGCAGUAUGAAUUAUCACAAGUACUGAAAAAAUGUACACCACAAAUGUUGCCUGUAUCAUAUACAAAUCAAAGAAAUACUUGGAUAAGUGUUGCCAUUUUUGAAAGAUGGUUUAAAGAACAGUUUGUACCUCAUGUUUGCAAUUUUUUAAGAUCAAAAAGUUUACCAGAAAAAGCUAUUUUAUUGGUGGGUAAUGGUAGGACAUAUUCAUCAACAAAUAUUUUAACUGUUGAUGGAAUUAAAGCAAUAUUUUUUCCACCCAAUGUAGCAUCACUUAUUCAACCUCUUGAUCAUGUUAUAGAAGUAGUAAGACGAAGAUAUAAAACAAAAUUGUUAACAUUUGUGAUAAAUAUGCAACAUGAUGGAAUGGAAUAUGAUGAAGUAAUAAAUUCAUUUAAUAUUAAAAAUGCUAUCGAUUUAAUCAGUAAUGCCUGGGAAGAUAUAACAGAGCAAACAAUUUUUAAUUGUUGGAAACAAUUAUUAAACAUGCCACGUGAUGAAAAUGAAAGUUAUGAUAAUUUCACUUCUGAACACAUCCAGAAAAUGUGUAAAAAAAUUCAACAAUACGAAAAUAUUACAUUAAAACAAAUUAAUGACUGGAUCUGUGCUGAUUACCUACCAAGCCUAACUGACGGAGAAGUUAUUGAAAUUAAAGAAGAACCCUACAAUGAUAAAAGUGACUUUUAUGCAGAGAGAGAUCAUUUGAUGGAAGAUAAAAUUUCGCCUUCAAAAGCUUUAGAAGAUUUAGAUUGCGUCAUCUCAUUUUUUGAAAAGACUGGAGAAAUCUCACUCUUUGAUAUGAAGCUACGCAGAAUAUUAGAAAACAUUUUCUUGGUUAACGCCGGGCCGGUCAGCGUGUACAUAUCGGUGACCGGUAUCAGGGGGGAUACGAAAGCAGGAGCAGACCCAGUCGUCCCCUGAGCAGGCCCUCCAGUCAGUUCCAGGCAGUGGCCUGCUGAAAGACGUGAAAUUCUCCCACUCUUACCCUGACAGCACAAAAGUGCUGCAGAUCAUUGUUUCCGUGAAUUUUCUCAAAUAUUAUAUGACUCCAUCCGUAACUUCAUGAAUGAGAAGUUCAGCAGAGUAGGGGUAUAAGACAGCAUAGUCGACCGUCGCGACAUGACCAAUCACAAACGUGAGAGCAACCCUGCUGCCCUACUCUACUCAAUUGCACAUUCGUGACGUCGUCAAGGAUAUAGUCACGUGACAUUUGAGAGAAUGCACGACACGGUGCCGUAGUUGUGAAUGUUAGUUGUGGUUCCAUGUUGGAACCACGAUGGCACCACUAUACCGAGCGUGCCAAAACUCCGAGUGCGAACACUCUGAUUUCCUCUCUGAUAAAACAUAACCACACAAUACAAAUUUUAAAAUCAUGUAUAAUUACACAAUAGAUAUAAAAAAGUAACAAAUUUAAUAUAUAAUCGGCUAAAUGA